AUGUACAUCUUGGCCCUGUUUGGAUACCUGCUCAUCAUCCUGACAGUAAGCUCUGACUCCCAUCUCCACACACCCAUGUACUUCUUCCUCUUCUACCUGUCCAUGGUUGAUAUUGGUUUCAUCUCCACCACGGUUCCCAGCCUGAUUGUGGACAUACAAACUCACUGCCCAGUCAUUUCCUAUGUGGGCUGCCUGACACAGAUGUCACUGUUUAUAAUUUUUGCAUGUAUGGAUGCCAUGCUUCUGGCAGUGAUGGCAUUUGAUCAGUUUGUGGCCAUCUGCCACCCUCUAUAUUUUCAGGUUAUUGUUAAUCCCAGUGGCUGUGGUGUCUUACCUCUUGCGUCUUAUUUGUCCAUUGUUUGCUUGUUUUAUGGAACAGCACUAGGAGUGUACCUCAGUUCCUCUCUGUCACAUUCUCCAAGAAGUAAUGCACUUGCCUCAGUGAUGUACACUGUGGCCACACCUGUGUUGAAUCCCUUCAUCUACAGACUGAAGGAACAAGGACAUUAA